AUGGCUGGGCCUUUGAUGGACACCGAUCGGCGCGGUCGAGAUCGCGUGGCCGCCGCGGGCCGUCAACUUGUUUGCGACGACGGAAUUGCAUUUGCGAUGGCCAGCCUGUUUGGUGCGACAUGGCGUUCUGCAACAUUGACAUUGGAACUCUACCUUCACCGCCAGCGCAAGGCGGUGCGUGAGGGGUUCCAAUCUGCGCCUUCCCCUUCGGGAUUCCCAGAGAUGUGGACGACAGACCCUUGGCCCAGGCUACACCACGCCACAAUCACCAAUCUCCCAUGGCAGAGAAUACCAUCUCGUCUCGACUGA